CCCCUUUCGCACGAGAGCCCGGAGAGGCGCGUUGCUCCAAAGAGCGGCGGGAGGAGGCGGCUGUGGGGACGCGGCGCCGGCAUCCUUUGGCAAUUGGGGGCUGGCGCAGCCUCCCCUCCCGCCCUCGCGCCUUGCUGCCAAGGCAAACUUCCUUGCUCCUGCCCCUUCCUUCCUUCCUUCCGUCCUUCCUUCCUUCCUGGGGACCUAAUAAAAGGCAGCUGGCGGCGCUCAGAGCAGGCGGGAGUCCCGCUGGAGGCGGCCUCGGGGCGCGCCUUUGGAAGGGACUCCGACGAGGGCUCUUCUCUCCGCCGACCAGGAGCCCUCUCCGCCGGACAAGAUGCCCACGCUCGGACGCCUUCUCUUGGCCGCCUUGGCCGCGCUCGUCGCCAAAGUUACAGAGAGCCGGGGGAUCCUGGAAAGCAUCCAGAAAUUCUCCUUGCUGCCCACAUACCUGCCCGUGAGUUAUCACAUCCACAAUGCGGACGUCUCCUUCUUUCUUAAAGAAGCCAACCAGGAUAUCAUGAGGAACUCUAGUCUGCAGUCCCGAGUGGAAUCCUUUCUCAUCUAUAAAUCCAAGCGGCCUCCUGUCGUGAAGGCAACGUAUGGACCCUUUUCCAUUGAACAAGUGGUUCCCCCGGAUCUUUUGUCGCCUUCCAAUUCAUUUGGAUCAACUGCUCCGAAGUUCUCUUUUAACUGGAAGCUGAAGGCAUACAUCAUGAACAACAAAAUCUAUCCGAGCAGACCCAAAGUCCAAAUACUCUUCUAUAUUGUCGGGAGGGACUGGGAUGAUUACAGUGUCACGGAAAAGCUGCCGUGCUUACGAGUCUUUGCUUUCCGAGAGACGAGAGAAGUCCGUGGCAGCUGUCGCCUGAAAGGGGCUCUCGGCCUGUGCGUGGCUGAGUUGGGUCUCCUUCCCAGUUGGUUCAACCCACCGACCGUGGUGGGCCGUAAGAAACUCCUGAAUCAGUCCGAAGGGAGUCCGGUGGAACUUUACUACGCGAUCCAACAAGGGGACGAGAAAGGGGAUUGUGCAAAGGAGGAUCCAAAGAAGGACAACGGGAUCCGGCCCGGACGCAACGAGAUCGACGAAUCGGGACCCCCUUUGCAGAGAAUUGGCAGUGUUUUCCUCUACCAGUCCCGAGGCAGCCCUUCCUUGAGCGAAAUGCGGCUGGAUAGCAACAUUGCCAUCCAGUAUAUACCAAAGACCGUCAAGCAAGGAGAUGUCUUGACCUUUGUGGUAUCUAUUGCUCCAAACACAACGGUGGACCAAUUCACGCUGAGGGCAAAGGUGAAGAAAGGUGUGAAUGUUUUCAGCAUACGAGCCAGCAAUCCGUACACGUGGGACGUGCAAAAGAGUGUGGAUUAUAUCGGGAAAUAUGCACCGACGGUUAUAUUUUGCCGAAGGAAAUCGUCUCCCGGGGGAAAAAGUUUGGAUCCAUUGCUCCGUUGUGUCCUGGUCUCCAAAGCAGACGAAAACAAGGCUCAUCUGGAAUACCGUGAGCAUCACAAUUCAAAAAAUAUCACCGCUCCUCCCUCCGAGAUCAUGCAGAUCGAUUUUGAAAUUGAGGAUCUUAGUGAACUGCCGGAGACUCAGCUUAUUACGUGGCAAGUUGAAUAUCCAGGAGACAGGACAUCUGACCUUGGCAUCUCCAAGAUUUACGUCAGCCAGAAGGAUCUGGUUGCUGUUCUCCCAUUGGCUAUGGAAGCUGAGAUCUUGAACACGGCUAUUCUCACUGGGAAAACUGUCGCCGUCCCUGUCAAAGUGGUCUCGGUGGAAGAUGAUGGAACUGUCACCGAUCUUGUAGAAUCAGUAGAAUGCAGGUCCUCUGAUGAAGAUGUCAUCAAGGUCUCGGACAGAUGUGACUAUGUCUUUGUCAAUGGGAAGGAAAUGAAAGGCAAGACAAGCGUCCUCGUCCAUUUCAUGUACCAGCACCUGAGUGCUGCUCUGGAGAUGACGGUGUGGGUGCCCCGCCUCCCCCUCCAAAUCGAGGUCUCCGACACAGAGUUGAAUCAGAUCAAAGGGUGGAGGAUCCCCAUUGUUUCAAAUAAAAGACCAGCUCGAGACAGUGACGAUGAAGAAGAGGACGAGCGGAAGGGAAAAGGCUGCACCCUGCAGUACCAACACGCCAUGGUGCGAGUCCUCACACAAUUCGUAGCCGAGCCCUCGGAUCCAGGAGGGCAAAUGGCCUUUCUGCUGGGCUCAGACUGGCAGGUUGACAUCAGUGAGCUGGUGAACGGCUUCAUUCAGGUGGAGGAGCCAAGAAUUGCCAAGCUGCAAGAUGGACUCGUGCUGAUCGGUCAGGAGCUUGGAAUGACAACAAUUCAGAUCCUGUCCCCACUUUCUGAUGCCAUCUUGGCUGAGAAGACAGUGACUGUCCUUGAUGAAAAGGUGACCAUUACUGACCUGGGAGUCCAAGUCGUGACGGGCCUUUCGCUCUCCUUACAACUAAGCCCGGGAAGCAAUAAAGCCAUAUUUGCUACAGCAGUAGCCCAGGAGAUCCUUCAGACACCCAAACAGGAAGCUGCUAUCAGUUGCUGGAUCCAGUUCAGUGAUGGCGCGGUUAUGCCCUUGGAUAUUUAUGACAUCAAGGACUUCUCAUUGGUGGCUACCUCUCUAGACGAGAAGGUGGUCUCUGUUCACCAGAGUCCCAAAUUUAAAUGGCCCCUGAUCAUGGCUGAAUCUGAAGGCCAGGGUCUGUUAGUAAGGGUGGAAAUGGUGAUCAGCGAAUCCUGCCAGAAAUCGAAGCGGAAGAGCGUGAUGGCCAUUGGGACUGGUGACAUCAAGGUCAAAUUUGGACAGAGUGAUGCCAGUCCUAACACCAGCGAUAGCAGACAGGGUGUCGCAGGUGUGAACCUAGAAAACCAUACUAGUGAUAGGCGUCAGAAGAUGACUCUGAAGGAAAGGUCUCGCCAAGAUGGAUCGUAUUACAGCUCGUCGGUGGGUCAAGAGGAAACAAGAGGGGCCAGCACUCAGAAAUCCAUUCUGAGUAGAAAAGACGAUCGCGGGAGUCUCUUGGAUGACGAUGGCCACAUGCAAAACAUCCCAGUAGACUUCACCAGCUUCCCGGUGCAGGUGGAUCUGCCCAGGAACGAUGCCGAUUUGGAAGAGAACGACCUUGUCGAGACACCCAGGAGCCUCAGUGACUUGGAGAUCGGGAUGUACGCCCUGCUCGGAGUCUUCUGCUUGGCCAUUCUCGUCUUUCUGAUCAACUGUGUCACCUUUGCUUUGAAGUACCGUCACAAGCAAGCACCCUUUGAGGAGCAAGAAGGCUUGAGCCAUUCUCAUGACUGGGUAGGGUUGAGCAAUAGGACAGAACUUCUGGAGAACCACCUCAAUCUCUCCACCCAGCAGGAAGAGUGCAUUACAGCUGUGGACCGAGGGAUGGACUUAGAAGAAAGCAAGUAUCUCCUCAACGUCAAUGCCCAGAAGACCCUCAACGGGCAGAUCUUUCACUCCUCGGACUCUGUCCCAUGUCCUGUAGGAAAGGAGCAGAAGACCGAGCAGGCGGCCUCGCCCACUUCCAAGCGAAAACGAGUCAAGUUCACCACUUUCACCACCAUCUCUUCAGACGAUGGGUGUCCCACUGUCAAUUCCAUCUUGACCAGCAGUGAGGAUGAUAUCAAAUGGGUUUGUCAGGACAUGGACCUAGGGGAAUGCAAAGAACUACGAAAGUAUAUGGAGCGGCUACACGAAAAUGCCUAAGACAACGCUCGAAACGGUUCUGCUUUUGUUCGUUCUUUCUUUUUUCCACUCACCUUUCUGCCUUUAAUUUGGGGUACUGGGGCAAAGAAAACUGAAACAAUACAAACAUUUGUGAACAAUCCAAACGGCGCGGGAGAAGUCCCCAAAACAGCAGCUCUUACCUGUGCUCAGUGGCUCUUACGUAAGAUGCGUGGGAAAUAUUCUGAUGCAAAGCAACAUACGUGGGGAAAUAAAUAUUGUUUUAAAAAAGA